AUAUCAGGAGUUCACAUGUGCUCUGAUUGGCUUGAGAACAACAGUUAUGGGUUUCACCACACCCCACCAUCUCUGGGAUUCUAGGUAUUUUUCCCUGGAUGAAGGUGCAUCAACAGCACAGACCUCAGCAGUCAUCAGAUUUUUUUUUUAAUUAAUUUAAACUUUUGUGCUUUGGAUAUUUUUGAAGGGAAAUUGGACUGCUUUGAAGACACAGAUAGAGAAUCAGAUUGGAUUUUUUUUUUUUUUUUGGAGCGGGUAAAAACACAAAAGGUUUGAUCAUGGCGCACAUCUGCAGGCAGUUUAUUGGUGGCACCGUGAGCUGCGCAGGCUGGGUCGGUCUCAUUGUCGCCACGGCAACAAACGACUGGGUCAGGACCUGCGAAUACACGGUGGCGACGUGCGUGCGCAUGGACGAGAUGGGCUCGCGGGGCCUGUGGGCGGAGUGCGUCAUCUCUCCGGCGCUUUACCACUGCAUGGCUAUGAGCCAGAUGCUGUCACUGCCAGCUUACAUCCUGACGUGCCGCGCCCUCAUGAUCUGCGCAUGCAUGCUGGGGCUGCCUGCCAUGCUGCUCGUGCUCGUGUCCAUGAACUGCAUGCGCCUGCCCAACGACAACCCCACCAUCAAGAAGCGCCGCGCACAAGUGGGAGGUUUCCUUUUCAUCAUCAUGGCUGUGUUUGGAACCAUAUCCACCAUCUGGUUCCCCAUCGGCGCUCACAAGGAGCACAACAUCAUGUCCUUUGGCUUCUCUCUGUACACCGGCUGGGCUGGAUGUGGCCUUUGUCUUCUGGCUGGCAUUGUGAUCCUGUGUUUCGUGAUCCCUGUGGUGGGCACCAUGACCAGGGAUAACAGCUUCUACUACUCCAGACAGGGCGGCACAGCCGUGCCUCUAGACCAACCCACCAACCACGCCAGGAGUGAGCGUGUGUAAAGAAGGCUUCUUCAGUUUUUUAAUAUGGUGUCUCACCACUAGAUGGCUCUUUAAAUGUGAAAAAAACACCCCACUCAUUCCAACUUGGACAACAAUUUUUAAAAUGUCUCAUUUAGAAUUCAGAAUCAAGAAAAAACGUUGUAGGAUGUACGUACUGCAACCAGUUCAAACUCCACUAAUGUAAUGUGUAAAGAAGAAAGAGCAUCGGCAGGGGAUGUUGUCUUGGAUCAAAAAUGUUUUCACCAUCAUUUCUUUAAUAAAAAUACUUAAGCUUUUCAGCUUUUCCUCCAACAGGAAGUGAAGUUAAGCAAUUCCAACCCCGCCCACUUCUCGUCAUCCAUCUGUUUACACUCUCUCCCACUUCUUCACAGCUCCUCACAACCCCAACCUAACAUUAGUGGUGCAACCAAAAUAGUGAGCAAUAUCAGAUCUAUCUAGUCAUACAGUUUAGAUCUAGAUUCCAGCUCAGACGAAGAAAACAAAGACACACAUGGAUCUAUUUGUCUGCAAGUGGACGCAUCAGAGGAGCGCAGCAGGGAGACUGGGAUCCAUCCACUGUAGCAACUUCAUCACACCUCCAACAGCAUUUAUUCAUCUGCUUCUGGUUCACAAUGAUUUAAAUAAAGAAAUACUCAGAAAUGGAA